GCCGCCGCUGCAGCCGCUCCGCGCCCGCGGCUACAACGCGCCCGCGGCUGCGCCGGGGAAGCCGCGGCCGGCCGGAUCGCCGCGCUAGCCCGCCCCGCAAGCGAGCACAGGCGGGAGCCGCGGCGGCCGCAGCCGCGUUGCGGUGGGGAGGUGGGAGCCGCGUUCGGCAGCCGGGGAAGGAAACGUUAUAAAAAAGCCUUUGUCUUGGAAAUCAGCAUCUCAUCUUUCCUGCCGCCCGACGUGCUGCCGGCGGUGGUGGAAAGCCACGUUUUUUCGGCUCAUUUGUUCUUUUCGCCGCCCCAGGCAUGUCUUGACAUAGCUGCGAGAGACUGCCGUUUUCGUACACUUCCGACGGAUGUCUUUGGCUGUAGCGAUAGCGUUCGGGGUUUGAGACUCGGUAGCGUCUAUCGGUGCGAGCGUGUGUGAAAUUCUCAUGAUCGCAGUCUGAAGGAGGAAGAACUGGAAGAAAGGAGCAGUUGUGUUGGGUUUUUCUUCUUGCUGGGUCAGCCUUCCUGGAUGGUUGCAUUACUCUCUUGUGGACACAUUGUCAAGCGCGUACAGAGGAGGCUUGAGUAUUUUCUCCCGUGAUUGGGUUUCGUCGUGAUCAUCGUGCAGAAAUAACCACUUUUCUCCCAGUUUGCUGGUCCGCACUGAGGCAGCAGGAAUAUGCUCAUGAAGGAGUACCGGAUCUGUAUGCCUUUGACAGUUGAAGAGUAGUUUCACUUGUCGGGCCCAUUGAAUACACUGAUCCUGUACAGAAUUGGACAGCUGUACAUGAUAAGCAAGCAUAGCCAUGAGCAAAGUGACCGAGGUGAAGGUGUGGAAGUGGUGCAGAAUGAACCCUAUGAAGAUCCAAACCAUGGCAAUGGUCAGCUAACAGAAAAACGCGUCUAUCUCAACAGCAAACUGCCUAGCUGGGCUAGAGCAGUUGUUCCCAAAAUAUUUUAUGUUACAGAGAAGGCUUGGAAUUAUUAUCCUUAUACAAUCACAGAAUACACAUGUUCAUUUUUGCCUAAAUUCUCCAUUCAUAUAGAGACAAAAUACGAGGACAACAAAGGAAGCAAUGACAGUAUUUUUGACAAAGAAGCUAAAGAUUUGGAGCGAGAAGUCUGCUUUAUUGAUAUUGCCAGUGAUGAAAUUCCUGAGCGCUAUUACAAAGAAUCAGAGGAUCCUAAAUAUUUCAAGUCACAGAAGACUGGGAGAGGCCAAUUAAAAGAAGGCUGGAGAGAGACACAUCAGCCAAUUAUGUGUUCCUACAAACUCGUGACUGUGAAAUUUGAAGUCUGGGGACUUCAAACCAGAGUAGAGCAAUUUGUACACAAGGUAGUCAGAGACAUACUAUUGAUUGGUCACCGGCAGGCUUUUGCCUGGGUUGAUGAGUGGUACGACAUGACAAUGGAUGAAGUCCGAGAGUUUGAACGAGCAACUCAGGAAGCUACCAACAAGAAGAUUGGGGUUUUCCCACCUGCAAUAUCUAUCUCUAACAUUUCCAUGCCUUCUUCAACCCGCAGUGCUCCAUCUAGUGCUCCAUCAACUCCUCUCUCCACAGAUGCUCCUGAAUUCCUAACAGUUCCCAAAGACCGGCCUCGGAAAAAGUCUGCUCCAGAAACUCUCACUCUUCCAGAUCCAGCGAAAAAAAACCUUUAAAUUAACCCAGCAUGUUUCCUCCUGAUAAGCCAUGUCUACCACAGCAAGAGUGACGUAACUCAAUUUCUACAAAGGUCAUGGUGGUGUGUUGGUUGUUUUUUUGCUUAAAAUAAUCUUACUGCUGUGGAAAGGUUACUUCUUUCCUCAGACUUGAUCCUUAAAACCUUCAGAGAAAUGCAUGCAAGAGAACGUAGUUUAUAUAUUCCUAAAGUAGUGUUUCAAGCCAUAUGGUGCAUCUUACUGACAUACAAUGAAACAGUCUGAGGGGAACCCUAUAAAAGAAAAUAAAUCUUUCUGUAGCAGUAUUCUACCUACAAAUCCUCAUCUAGGUCAUAGCAUUUAUAAUUAGGAGUAGGUAUUUAGUAAAGCUGCCAAGGACUUCUGAGGCAAAUUAGUGCCAAUUAGAAUGCAGGGUUAACAGAAAAAAACCCCUCCCAUUUUCUUCUUUUAUAGCCAAUUUUAAAAUCCUUCCUACUCUCAGGCUUCUCCUGUGUAUUCAUAAACCUUUGACCUGUAACUCAUUGUACUUGAACACCAACAGCAAUCACUCAGAUUCACAUUUUGCUUAAUAUGACUCAGGAUUUGGGGCUUAGCUAGCAAACAAAACUUUUCAAACCUAAAAUAUCACUGUAUUGAAGCCCCAAUUGUAAUUAAUUAUACUGACUUUGAGGCCACUGAAUUAUUUCUAUCUUGCACAGGAUUUGUAAAAGAAACCACCUAUUUCUUGUAGAUAAUGUAUUUUAAUAGCUCUCCCCUGUCCUUUUGUGAUCUCUUAAGUCUGUCUUGGUGUUCAUCAAUGGCGUUCCAUGUGUAAGAUUGAAAAAAAGCAGCUAAAUUGAGCCAGUUGAGAAGCAAAGCCAAUGAAUUCUGUCUUUUUCUCACUGGAAGAAGAGUGGUAGUUACGCUGUAAGACCUUGAAUGUAAAGGAAAGAAAAUACAGGACUCCUUUUUCUUUCCUGCCUCGCAUCUUUCCUAAACAGCACAAUCUCCGCUAACAGAAAGCCGGUUCCAGGCUUUACCAUCAUCUAGGGAAGGGGUGAACAAAAUCAGUCACUUUAAAAAGCAAAUGAAUCGUGGGGCUGCUCAGUCCCGUGUAGGGUGACGUUAAGGAAACAGAAGUGCUCUUCCUGGUCUGUGUGUGAAAUCACUCUUCAAUCUCAGGAAUUAAAACGUAUAAAAGGAUGUAUCCCAGUAGGGAAGUGUAGAUUGUGGAAGGAGGAGAAAAAUAAAUAGCAGAAAUGGCCUCUUCCUUCCUUCCUUUUCAAAAUGCAAGCUCAGUGAGAAACUUUCCCCGCUGACCCCCAUUUGGGGUACUUUGUUCUCUUUCAUACAAAAUGCUACUUCGUGAAUGCUGUCAGUAUCUAUCUCUGUUGGUAGCUGUAGUAGACUUUAAAUAAGCCGCUGUUCAAUUCCCCCUGAAUGAUAGCUGUUACACAAAUCAUAUGAUCGAAGUGGGUGAUACUUUGUACCAAUGGUGACAUGGUACAUAGAUUUAAUAAAAAAAAAAAAAAAAAAAAAGUCCUUCAGAGCUGAACUACCAUUGAAUAAUGAACAAUCAGUUCAGGGAUGGCCUUUUACCUGGACGGGACAUUUGUGCCAUCUUCUCAGCACAAUGCUGUGAUUUGACUGGCUUAAAUGCACUGAACUUCUCAAUGGCUGUAGAUCCAGUAGAAGUUACAUUGAAUGUGUGAUAUUUAUAGGGUAGUUUUAGGAGCAGGAGAAGUAAUUCCACUGCCAACCUGCACUGAAAACAAGUGUGUAUUUGUUUGAUAGUUAAAAUCCUGUAGCUAGCAAAAUCCGGGAGCUCUCUGUAGGUUAGCUGUGGUCUGACUUCAUGCACUCUCCCACUUGCUGUCCAUGUUUUGCUUUGCUUUUCUUCUCAGAGCUAGUAAUUCUGUGUGAUUAGUAAACUAAUGGGUGAUGAUUGUUUUGUUUAAAAAGGAGCCGCUGUAAUGAUGCAAACAAAACUUUCCUGCAUUAGUUUAUGAUUUCAGCUUAAAAAGUGUGCAGAUUAUAUAUUAAUGAAUAUAACUGGUCUAAUCUUUUUACUACUAUUAUUUAUUUAGUAGCAAGAUUGGAACAUUGGCAGAGAAGGGAAACCUUUGAAAACAUAACAUAUUGUUUGGUUGUUUUUUCAUUUCCUGAAUUUGACCUAUAUAGAAAUGGUUUAGGUCUGCUCCACCUGAAAGUCUAUUUUUCAAUUAUUUUUUUCUUUGUCAAAGAAAAAUUUGCUCAGCUCUAGUCAUAAUGUCCUUGUGCUUACAUGUUACUGUUUCUAUAUACAUUUUGGCAUCUGGGUUUGACACAGAUUAAUAGACCAAAGCAGUCAUACCUUUACUCAUAUGUAACUGAUUGAUUUCCAAUCCCACGUGGAUACAUUAAUUGUCAUUAUUAAGUAGGUUUGAGGAUAAGGGAUGUAUGAAAGUUAUUAACAUACCUGAAUAGGACACAUCUUAAUAGCUGCAUGACAGAGGUGUAGGAGAAAGACACCGAUCAUGUCAUGUUAAAAAUGACAGGCUGCUCAAUGCUGUGUCUCGGUCUGCACGUGCUGCUGCUGUAGCCCUUCCACCGAGCAGCGCUGUUCUCGAGGAGUCCCAGAUUUGUUGACCCGACAGCCUGAAUUCACUGUUGGCCACAACAAGGAUCACGAUCAGCCACAUCACCUCCAUGUUGCUUCCUAAUGAAGGCAAAUAAAAAGAUCUGUAAUGUUUCGUUGCUUUGGAUAAGAAAUACCCCAGGCUUUUCAUUGCCUGCGUAAGUACCCUCUGCUGUGUUCUGCUUUGCUUUCCCCACCCAUUUGGUCAAGGUGAUCUUCAAAUAUCUUCUUCUGUUUUGCUUGGUUGGUUGGUUUUAAGGUACGGUAACUUUUUCUAGAAUAUUCCCAGCAAACACUCAAAACCACACAAAACUAAAUGAAAAGGAAGGCCUGAAUACUUCAGUAUAACAUCUUGAGGCAAAGGGGUUGUUUUCAUUACAGAUUUUUUUCACAGGGCUUUCUGCUGUAUUUUCAAACAUGUUUGUUAGGAGAAAGAGAGCAUUUUGCAGGUGUUCAUCACUUCUUUCACAGAAAUAAAUGGCGUGACUAUUUAGUGAGUGCAUCUUCAGAGUAUGGUGCCACACAGCAAAGGUGAAUAGUCGCAGUAGCCGUGUUCCUAUUCUCUGCCACAGUGACUGAAGUAUUGCAGGAUACAGCUCUGCUAGGGCUUGACAAGGAAUUUUCCAUCAAGGAGAAUACAGUUUAGGGCAAAUAAUGUGAUUAAUUUGUCUGGCUUUCUAUUAAAACCUCCCCCCAGCUUUGCUUGUACUUUUAUGUAUUUCAUGUAGAACAAUCAUUACAAAAUAACUGGCAAUUCAUUGCAGUCUUUAGAAGGGUAGGUCUCCUAAUAAAUUAAAAAGGAGGGUAUCCAUAAAGACUAUGAGGAGCAGCACAUUCCUGAAACAGAUACUUAAUGGGAUUUCUUAAUGAAUGUAAUGGUUAAUUUUGUAAAUGACUGGAUAAAUCCUAUGGAAAGAAACUAUUUGACUUAUUCUUUGGCUUUUUUGAUUAUUCUGGAAGGUGAUUUUGUGACAUCUAGUAGCCAAUUUGCAUUAAUUGCUGCUGUAGAGAUUUUGAAAUGAAAAUAUUUGUUCCUUGAAUUUUAGUUUGUAACAAGGCCGCUAUAUUUUGUUAAAACUGCUUUGAAGCUUGCUGCACUAUAACUUAAAAAUAAUGUGCUAUCAUUUGAAAUAAGCCAAAUGUAUAUGCUUUUUUAUGAAUUAGUGAGUGCAGUAAGAGAGAAUUCAUGAUCUUGUCAAUAGGAGCUUUUCUGUUUCCAUUGUUUGGACUUGGUUUUAUAUGUGUAAGUUAAAAUAGCUAAGUAAGUCUAACAAUGUUUUGCUUUAAAUGAACAGCAUGGUCAUUGAAUUACAAUCUCCUGUAGUUUUGUGGUGUCACUAAAACAGGUUUCAUUGUUUUAUUUCAUUUCUGUGAGAAUUCCAGGUGACUCUGAGUGUCCGGUAAUUCAUUUCUUUUAUUUAGAGCGAUGAUGGCUAUCAAAGAAGGACCAAGUUUUGAAAUGGAAAUGUGCAUGUUAAAGAAUGCAAGGCUCAGCAGGAGAAUUUGAUUGUCAUAUUUCUCAUUCAUAUCACUUAGUUUCUGAUUUUUCCAAGUUAUUUAUUAUUUUUAAUAUUGUAUUUUCCCUUCCAUUUUGUUGUAAAUAAACUACCAACAAUUAUUCUUUACAA